UUAAAUCAUUUCUGCAAAUAUCUUCUCUUGAUGAAUCUCAGCAACGAUAUGAAUCAAUUCAAUCAUCUUCAUCUCCAUCAUCAUUAUCAGUGUCACUUCGUCCAAUUAAUUAUGAUAUUGAUUCCAAAUCAUCAAAACCUUCAAUCAAAGUAACUCGUGAUCUCUGUCCUUUAAUGGACUCUAAUGGAACCUCUUUGGGCUGUUCGUGUUACCAGUUUACCGAUGGACUUUACGUCGAAUGCCCAUCAACCGAUAUCGAGGCCAUUGCAACGACACUUCGUCUUCUUUCCAGUCCAGUUAAAUCAUUAACCAUUUACAAUCUUAAUGGAAACAUUACCUUUCUACCUUCAAGUGUAUUUACCAAUUCAACAAUUGAAUCGAUUCACAUAUCAUUUACUUCAUUGUCCAAUUUAUCUGAUUCUGUUUUCCAUGGACUUUCAGGUUGCCUUAGGUCACUUUCUCUGGUUAAUUCUAAAUUAAAGGUGUUACCUCAAUCCUCUCUAGCAGGCCUUCGAAGUCUAACAACACUUGACCUUGAGGCCAAUGAAAUCGAUGAGAUUGAAAGUUAUACAGCUUAUGGUCUUCCUCUGGAGACUCUCAAUCUUCAUGGAUUGUUUGUUAGUAUAAAUAAUAACAUGAAAGAAAAACAUUUUUGUGAUAAAUUGUUACUUCUAAAGGUAAACUACAUUCCAAUCAAGUUAAUUAGUUUCUAUCAUCAUGUGAUCAUCAUUUCAAUUCUGUUUAUACUUCCUGUUUCCAUGGAAAUUGUAUCAUCACCAUUUAAAUCAUUUCUGCAAAUAUCUUCUCUUGAUGAAUCUCAGCAACGAUAUGAAUCAAUUCAAUCAUCUUCAUCUCCAUCAUCAUUAUCAGUGUCACUUCGUCCAAUUAAUUAUGAUAUUGAUUCCAAAUCAUCAAAACCUUCAAUCAAAGUAACUCGUGAUCUCUGUCCUUUAAUGGACUCUAAUGGAACCUCUUUGGGCUGUUCGUGUUACCAGUUUACCGAUGGACUUUACGUCGAAUGCCCAUCAACCGAUAUCGAGGCCAUUGCAACGACACUUCGUCUUCUUUCCAGUCCAGUUAAAUCAUUAACCAUUUACAAUCUUAAUGGAAACAUUACCUUUCUACCUUCAAGUGUAUUUACCAAUUCAACAAUUGAAUCGAUUCACAUAUCAUUUACUUCAUUGUCCAAUUUAUCUGAUUCUGUUUUCCAUGGACUUUCAGGUUGCCUUAGGUCACUUUCUCUGGUUAAUUCUAAAUUAAAGGUGUUACCUCAAUCCUCUCUAGCAGGCCUUCGAAGUCUAACAACACUUGACCUUGAGGCCAAUGAAAUCGAUGAGAUUGAAAGUUAUACAGCUUAUGGUCUUCCUCUGGAGACUCUCAAUCUUCAUGGUAAUCAAUUUCAUCUUUACUUGAAUAUUCAUUUGGUGGCCUUGAGUUUCAUAACUAUGCCCAAACUCACAACUCUGUCUCUUUAUAACAAUAAGUUGACUUUUCUUGAAGAACGAACAUUUUUUACUCUGCUCGAUCUUGAAUCGAUUGAUCUAAGCCACAAUUCGCUUCGACUUCUUCCCUCCGAAUUAUUUGCAGGUUUAACUAAACUAAAGACGAUUGACAUUUCUCAUAACCAUCUUCACUCAAUCGAUUUUGGAACAUUUCAUAAUUUACCUUCACUAAGGGAACUUUAUCUUAAUCGAAACAAUUUGCUUCGAUUAAUCAACGAUACUUUUUGGAACUCAACUAACCUUUCAGUGCUUUGGUUAACCAAUAACGCGUUGACUGACAUUGAAUUUGGUACACUUUAUACUCUGCAACAUCUCAAUCAACUUCAUCUUUCAUUCAACUCGCUUCGAGCUAUACACCCAAAUCUUUUCAAAUACAACCAUGAACUUCGUUCCCUUUCACUUGACAACAAUUUAAUUGCAAAUAUUCAACCAGGAACUUUUCAGGAGCUAGUAGAGCUUCGUGAUCUCAGAUUACAACGGAACUUAUUGAAAAGUUCGAAAGGUGUUUUCUAUUCGUUCCCAAAUCUUCAGGAGCUUCAUCUUCAAAACAACCGAAUUGAGGUGAUUGAGAAUGAGGCACUGGCGAGUUUGGCUAAUCUUGAACUUCUCAACAUUCAGGGUAAUAAGUUGAUCGAAAUGUCUGAUUCUCUAUCCAAGUUUCCGUCCUCAUUGAAAUAUCUUCAACUCAAUAACAACACAAUCUACACUGUACACAAUGAUUCGUUAACAGGCCAGUCUGGACUCGAAAUCCUUUGGUUAAAUUGGAAUAAAAUUCAAAAGUUGACUAAACAAGUUUUCGCUUCGUGUUCAGGGUUACAAAAGUUGUAUCUCGAAAAUAACGAGAUCUCAUCAAUUGAAGUUGGAACAUUUGAAUCUCUAAACCAACUGAUUUACAUGAAUCUCUAAAACAAUAGCAGUAUCAUUAUUUCAUUUAGAGAUGUUCCGAUCUCAGAUUUUCAGUUAAUCGAUCGAUUCGAUCAAUUUCGAUUUUACAAAUUCGCAUUUCGAGGUCGAAAAAGGCUGAAAAUUUUCGUUCUCUUAUGUACACUGUCUAUUUUCA